AACUGCUGCUGUUUGUAGUUUUAAUCUACAUUUAGUAUGGAGAUAUGUAUUAUGUAAUCACAUACAUGUUGCCCUUUUACCACAGUGAUUCUCUGUGGGAUAAGCUUCUCCAACAAAAAGGCCCGGCUCAAAAGCUCAAGGUGAGGGAGCCAUUGAAUGAUUUGGUUGUGCGUGGAAGGGACAAACACAAUCUGUUUCCUCUGCAAAUAGAGAUGAAUUUGGUUCUGCAUCCUUCCACUCCAUCAGCCAUGCCUGACCAGUUCAACCCAGUACCUCUCUCUCUCUUUCUAAACAGCCAUAACCAUUAAUCCCAAACACCCUAUUUAUACUUCCUAAUUGUGAUGAGUAUGAAUUAUCAAUUAUAGUGAGUACCUAAUUGCCCUUCAUAAAGUCAGCCUUCCCUUGGCUUUAAAGAGGGCUGUUUAAAUAAUGUAACUAAUAGCUCUCUUCUUUACAUGGAGAAUAUAUCUUCAUUUUUGAGCGCGCCGAGCGUGAGAGUCGCUCGUAAUUUAAAGGGGCAAUCGAGUAAAGGCAUGCAGGUGGUUCCAGGGGGACUCAUUAAGAUUUAAUGAAUUAUGAUGCGACCUUCUGCGAACAAUGUGCAAUCAAAGCAAACGUUGAGUGACAGAACAUCACAUCGAACGCGGCCCCGAACCUCAAACUCACAUGGAGGAGAUACCGGUGUAAUUAUUUUACAAUAAACAUUAGCGCAUCAACCCUGAAGAGUCUGUGAUCACUCGCUGUUGCAUAACCUCUGUGCUUGUAUUUGAUCUCAGCCAAUGAAGUCUGGCACAUGCGCAUACGUUAAGCAUGUGCAUCUCUAAACACCUGACACGGGACAUAGAUGUGAGUCAUGUCUAGUGUGACAGCAGCCAAUAGAAAUUUACAAUGGACACUGAGUCUUCAUUGCUACUGACAUUGACUGUACAUAGAUAGCCAACGGCAGACGGACAUGAGAUUUCCUUUCACUCACCAUCACUUAUUUUGGACCUGAAGUAUUUGAUAGAAGAAACAAAUUGUUUUUGGUGAUGACUUGGACUUUGGACAUGACUUUACUCGAGAUCUACAAGAUGUUCUUUACAUUUUGUAAGAUGCCUUUUAUUUGGAAAACGGUAAUAAUUUUUCAAAGACUAGGUCACAUAUCGUUCUUCCUGUAGUAUGAAGCUCUAGUUAAAGUAAAGUCGAGUGAACUGACCUUUACCUUAGGGAAAGUGUGUGUGUUUGUUUAAGGGGCGAGGCCGAUGUCCAUGACUGUGUGACAGUGUCCCCUGGUGUAAUUGCCCUUUUUUGCUAUGAUCCAGACCCUUAACAAAUCACUCAGCCACUUUCCACAUCUGCUGCAUGUCAGCAUCUGCCAGAUGCGCUCACCCGUCCCGGACGCUGUCAGCGAGCCUUCAUUACGCCUGCUGCUGAACAGGUAGAACCGUUUGGGCAAUUACCAAACAAUGCUGCCGACCUUGUGCUCGCUUGGUCGUCCUAAAACAUCACUUUCAUAUCAUGCCCAAAAGUUUUUGGGUAAUGCUUUUGGCCAACACUAUUUACAAGGUUCCCACGGGUCCUUGAAAGUUUGUGAAUCUGGGGGGGAAUCAAGGCCCUGGGAAGUUUUUGAAAAUAUACAUACAUGGAUACAGGUCAUUGAAAGGGCUUGAAUCUAUUUUAUGCAAGAAGUUUUCUGGGAAAAAAAAUCCAUAUUAUUCCCUGUGUAGUGUAGGAUAAUAUCAUAAAAAUUUUGACUUUUUAAGCACACGUGCUAAACUGUUCACUUUAAAUGCUUAUAUUUUCUGUAUGCAAAUGUUGAUUCAUACCAAAAUGCUUUUUUGCAUAGUUGUGUUUGACACAUGAAAACGGCUCGGGUUACGUAUGUAACUGUUGUUCACUGAGAAGGGAACGAGACGCUGCGUCUCCCUUGCCAUACUUCCUGCAUCCCUGUGUAACGCUGUCUUUGGCAAUAUUUCAGAUAGCGCUCCCGCGUCACCCUGUCUUUGUCAUUAAGCCUCACCAUUGGUUGAAUUUGAUAUACACAUUUACUGUAGAUGCACUUACCUCGAAAGGAAAUUGUAACAAUGUAUCUUAAAAGGUAACACAAUGUAACCUUGCUCUCACUUGAAAUGUGUCCCCACAUUUAGUCCUUGAUUUUGAGGGCACUGGACCUGGAAAGUCCUUGAAAGGUCCUUGAAUUUGAAGUUAACUAAGGUGUAGGAACCCUGUAUUUAAAAUGUAGAGUUACACGAUGCCAUACAAGGUAUCAUAAGGUUGCAUUAAGAACAUUUAACAUCUAAAGAACCUUUCUGUUUCACAAAAUAAAGUUUAGUCAGGAAUUGUGGUCACUUUAUAUUAAUGGUUUUAAUAGGGUUAAAUAGGUUUUUCUGCCCUCAGACCCUGUCCAGACCUUUGGGUCCACAGAUCUUCAGCAAAGAAGCUUCGGAUCUAAACAGUUGAGAUAUGCUGUACACUGCAUGCAUUUAAUGGCAUGAGUCAAUGCACUCUUUACCUGUAAUCUGUUUACACCCCUCGUAAGAUUUUUAAAGUCUCUUUUUCCCAUUUAAACAAGGUACCUCAUGAGACGCUUAGUACUCUAAAGCCGUAAUCAUCAAAAGAGUGGCGUUUCGGCAGUUUCCCGGUCUAUUGUCUGCCUGCACUGCAGACAGGAAUGAAGGGACAAAACCAAACAAAGAGUCCACGCCCAUCCGUAAACAGAGUCCAACCCCAAGACGCGACUAAAUGAACGAUUCAACAUUUACCAGGCUGAGUUGGCCUCCCUGGUGCUCUGAUGGUUUUAUGGUUCAGGAGGUGGGGACGUUGGAACAGUGGGGAGGUUUGUCCAUAAGUGUGCCCCCUCCCCAGGCUGUGCACCCUAGAUUCCCCAUCUUACCCACUUGUGUGUUCUUUAUAUCCAGUACCUGAGCCUACAUUUUGCCCCCUGGGCCACACUUUUGUGCUCCGGUCCUGUGUAAACAGAUGUGCACACUGUCAAACCUGUAGAGAGGAAGUUGUAAACUCGCAGGAAAGACAUCAGCCUCCAUUCUUAUGGACCUCACUCAGAGCAGGGCCGUGGGCAUACACAUGCUAAUGCAAGCAAACAGUCCCGGUUCGGACCUUGACUGUCUGAAGUUUGAGCAUGUUACAGCCAUGAAAUAUACACUGCAUGCUGCUAGCAAACAAGCAGACAUGCAACUGAAUGGCAAAAAGAAAAGGAGAGGAAAUAACAUUUUAGACAGGAUUUGACAUGAUGUUUGCAUAUGUUUGGGGCGUACUGACAGUGCACUUGUCUUUUUGAUCUACGGUGGUCCUCAUAAAGUAUUCGUAGAUUUACCCUAUGCCUAAAUGCAUGGAUUUUAUUGCAACAGAUUAUCAAAAAGUGGGUCUCCUGGAAUUUUAAGCACAAAGUGCACUUUUAUAGUUCUUUUUCACAUUUAAUUUAACUAAAAACUUGUGAUUUUGAUCAUUUUGUUAGGCUACCUAAUACAAUGACAUUAAUACUAUUCAAAGUGUCCAAAUACUUAUUGUUUUACAAAAAUUGUAAGCCGACACUUUUUUGAGUCCGAACUUGCAGAUAAGGCCUUUUAGUUUUGAGGUUAUAUUUUAUUACACCUUUUCCGAUAAUAUUUUCUUUCUGCGUCUGUUUGAUCUCUUUUUUAUUUCUAUGCAAGCAGUUAAGUGAACAAAAUAAGUAGCAUUAAAUCACUGGCUAUAGAGUCAGACAAUAACAGUAGGACUUUUUAUCAGUGUUGGACACACUUGUAUUGAUCCAUCUCCGGGCGAUUGAUGCCACAAAGUGAAUGUGAAAAUACUGACUUGUGCCAUUGACUGAAGUUAACACACUGAAGUAACCCAUAGAUUGCCAAAAAAUUGUAUUGUUCACAAAUUGCAAUUUGUGCUCUUGCUGGUGAAGUGGACAGCUUAAUGUACAGAGAGAUGCAAUUAAAAAUGUUAAACUAUGUGCAGCCAAAAAAAAUUGAUUUGUUACCUGUAUGUUUAACUUAACUAAAAUUCAAACAAAUUGCAAAACAGCUUUCUUAAAUGCACUAAAAUAAAAGUAUUUAAAAUUAAGGGUUUACCAUCUAAAAAAGAAAACAUUAAUUCUUUAUUUUUUCUUUAAUUUUCUGUGCUCUAAACCUAACAAGGAUUCAUAUAUUAUAAACUACAACCAAUUCCUUAAAAAAAUGGCUUUUUCUAACAUAUAUACUGCAAAAAGCAUUAAAUAACAUUUAUUUUAAUGAGAGCAUGCUAAAGAUUUGAUGCAACAGUGCUGUUCUUUUAUGCCAUUUGUCAGCAUGGGAACUUUUGUUUUGUUGGUCCAUUCGUAUUGAUUAAAAUAAUCGCAGGUUUAAAUACUGAACCCUCUCAGCCAAUCAAGAGAGGUCCUGUUAAACGCUUGUGUUCGCGCGUCUCCUUUAAUGGAUCUGUUAAAGAGCUGGAGCGCAGCGCACCUUCAUCCACUGACAUCUGAGCGCAUCGCAUCCGUCGACAAGCUGUUUUCACUUCACGUGUCUGCUUAACAAGACAUUAAUAUCAGAAAUACUUCUAGACUUUGGACAUGCUUGAAUAUAAAGAGUCAGGAAUGAAAACGACAUCAAGUCACAGGAUUUCUUUUUCAAUUAUUGACAUACUGGAUCCCCAAAAGUUCACAAGUAGAAAGACAGAAGCCUUAUUGGAGACAAAACGAGCAUCUUCUUUGGAAAACACAGAAUGUGGAAGUUUGGAGGAACAUGUCGCAAGCAAAGAAAGUCCUGGACACGGAGAAUCUCUUCACAUAAAUACAGGAGACCAUUCAACUGAAGAGCAUCAAAGAUGUGUUAGGCUGCAUCCUCCAGAUCCAAACACUGAGUCUGACUCAGUGACUGCUCUCGAAAGCUCGGGGUGUUCGUCUUGUGAAGAUCCAAAUGAAGCAUGCGAAGACAAAGUCAAUCCAGCAUCGGAUGAUCUGGCACGCCAGAGACGCCAGCGUCGAUCCGAUCAUCACAGUUGCGCGAAACCGCGCCGCGCCAGAACCGCGUUCACGUACGAGCAGCUGGUGGCCCUGGAAAACAAAUUCCGCGUUACGCGUUAUUUAUCCGUGUGUGAGCGACUGAACCUCGCAUUGUCCCUGAGCCUGACCGAAACACAAGUCAAGAUUUGGUUCCAGAACCGAAGAACCAAAUGGAAAAAGCAGAACCCUGGUGCUGAGAGCUCACUGCAAGCCGGAACGAACUCUCUGGCCAGCAUCAGCCCAACCUGUGGAUCCACAUCAGCGCUUCACCCUCCGUUCAGCACCGGGAAUGUUAUCUUUCAUUCUGCUGUACCGCUUGCGCCCUCCGGUGCGCUCUUGCAUCCGUUUUUGACCGAUAGCUUUUUGCAGCCUGCAUUUUUUACUCCACAUUUAUGAAGUGAAACGAAUGGCCGUAAACUACCUGUAAAUGUGCAUUUAUAAAGCGGAAUUUUAUAAAUGUGGAUUUAUAAAGCUUGUUUUAUAAUGUUUAUCGGGGCGGAUUUGGGUUUAAAUUUUAAUAUUGCAGCUUUAAUAUUAUUUAAUAGACUAUUAUAUUAUUUAAACGACUGUUUGUUUUUAUCGACAGUUUAGAGAACCACAAGAAAUUAUUUAUUUCAAAGAUCUGUUUACAUAUCUGUGUGAAAUAUAGAAUAAACAACUCUUGUAGAUGUAUAUGUAUAUACGUAAUUAAAUUGUGCCAGCAAAUAGAAUACUGUAAAUAAGUAGCUUUACAUUUUUUUAAAGAAUGCAUUGAAAGACAUUGGUGUGCAUUUUGGUAUGUAUAAACAUUUUAACGAGGUCAUUACUUUUAAUAAAAUCACACUGAAAUACAUUUUUAAGUGCUUUUUUUAAUCGAAAUAAACGUUUAUUUUUUCGUUGUACCAGUGCGUAAUUCAGGAGUUAGAGACCUAUUCGCGCUGAUUGGUUGGAUUACAUGACCAUGU